CUCGGCGAACGAACCAGCGUCAGGCGCUAGGUUCCAGGUGCUGGAGGGCAGUCGAGGCAGACUAUUCGCCACGAGUCAGGGAACAGCGAUAGUACGUUGCCUGCACUUCCUCUUCUGCAGUUGGCCGUUCAGGUGUCAUCCCGCGAUCAGUGGUGAACGCGCGAGUGUGAAUUGCGACGGUCCUCCUCUCUCUUUCUCUCUAUCUGUGUCGGGUUCGGGUUCUGCGGUGACUCUUUGCAAGACUGACGUGGGAGGCGAGAAAAGGAAAAGAGAGCAGGAGAGACGGGGACAAAGGGAGCGCGGGAGAGAAAGAGAGAGAAACUUCCUUUCGGUGGAUACUCUCGCGUGUCAUCAUCCGCACAGUGUCAUAAACACCGCUGGCAGUGUGUGACUCGUUCGUCAGUGGGUCGAGUCAUCGAGUAGAUCUCUGCUCGUUCGUCUCGGGCACACUAAAAGCGACGAAUUGCGCGAGCAGGACGGACACCGCUCCAGGAGGGAAACCUGUUUGUGGACGAUGCUCCAAUCUCCUGACUGAAGCGCGAAAGGAUAGGUCGCCGCGGGUUCAGAAUGGCUCCCGCAGGGUUACCUUCGUCAAACGGAACUCUGCCACCGUUUAUAGGGCCUAGACUGGUCGGCACAUCGUUUGCCAGUUAUAAAAGGGCUUGGUGGAUGAGAGUGGCCCCCUGCUUGGUCUUCCUCACCGCCUUUUGCACCGCCAUGGCUGUGCUUCUGGUUUGGAGCGAAGCGGCAGCUCUGAGGAGACAGGCGUUCGAUGCGAAUAUGACCAGGGACUACGUGCUCGAUAGCGUUUCGAUGGACAAUCCGCAAUUGGUCGCAUAUAUACGACAGGUGCAUCUGAAACCUACGUCCCAUCAGGAUUCAUUAAACACUAAUCAGACAUUGGAGGAGAAGUACGUAGCCAGCUUGUCGCAGGGCAAGCGCGAGGGUAUCUAUGCGGAGUACAUUAGCAGGAUAGGCGUGAUUUCUAGCACCGCUUGGCUAGAAUCCAAUCUGAGCUGGCGUGGCAUCCUGAUAUUAACCGAGCCCAAGAGUUUCUUCGAAGCGCAGAGGAGCACCAGGAAUCCGCGAUCGAAAGUUCUCCACGCCUGUCUCAGCACGGACACGGAUACCAAAGAGAUAAAGUACCACCAGGAGUCGGAGGUACAGGUCACCAAAUUGGGCGACGGUCCUAACAGUCUCGUGUCAUCGGACGACGGCUUUCCUACCACUAGACUCAAGUGCUUUCCCCUCUAUAGCGUAUUGUUGGCAUAUAACACUACGACUUUGGAUUAUCUAAGUUUGGACAGUCCCGACGCUCCCGAUGGUCAGGUACUCGACACCAUCCCUUGGGACAUUAUAAGAAUAUCGAUACUGUCAAUACGCUGGAAUCCCAAUCACAGCGAGACAGAGACAAAAAGCUUCAUCGACAAGAUGACCAGCCGGAGAUACAAGCUCGUACACACGACAGACACUGGAAAGUUGAUUUUUUUAUACAAUACUCUGCUUAAGCUUUGAUUCUUGACUCAGGUUAAUGCGAUAGACUGAGAGAGGAGGGAAUCUGUCGCAGGAUAAAACAUAUAAUAUAAGCGAGACGCUAUUUACCCUCCUCGCUGCGCUUUUGAUUCGUUCUAAAUAUUUUAAUCGCUGCUUAGAAAUAUUUCUUUCGAACAAAAGUGCGAUUUCCCAUUCGAUCUCAUACAAGGACGAUUUAAUUUAACACCGUCGAUAUUAAGGACACCGGAAGUAAUCAAUUGUAGAGUUAGUUUUCUGUUGAAUUUUCGAAUUUAUUGCCUUCUGUUUUGCGGGAUUCUUUUGGCACUCAAUAAAAGGUAAGUUUGUCUUUCCUGUAAUUUGUAAGAUCAUAUUAAUCCACAACUUAAAAUGAGUAUGCUGAUAACAAUUAUUGAUUGAAAGACUUGUGAGUUCAAGAAUUUUGAUCAAAGUUACAAUGGAAGAUAUAAUGAUUAUAUAUUGAACAACUCAACAAUUUUAAAGAGUUGAGAAUCAAAAUUAUAGUCGAGAAAUCAAGAUUUUGAUUUUUCAAAAGCUCAAAGAUACAAAAUUUUCCAAAUUAAAUUAAAAAAUCUGGGAAUCAAAUUUCGAGAGAUUAUAUAUUCAAGAUUCUGAGUUUCUAAAUUGUAAUAAUUUAAGUUUCAAAGAUAUCUUAAUCUUAUAAUGUACCUCUGUUAUAAAUUAUAUAAAAUCAAUGAAUUCCCUCAUUGAGUUCUCCUUAUAUAUAUAAUCUUCUUACAAAUCGCCCCUUCUUUCUCUCUUAUCUAAGAAAUAAUUUAUGAUCCUAGAUUUGAAAAUUUAAAUUUUAUAGCCUUGAAAAAUCGAGAAUUUUUUUCAGAUUACUCUCCGGCGUUCUUGAUAUACGCUUAUCGAAUGCGAACAGUCAAUAAAGGAUUCAAAGAUUUCUCCCAUCGACGCGGACAAAGUAUAGUGAUAUAAUAUUCUAAAGGUGCGUACAUUUUGCGGUUGUUGCAACGAAAACGUGCGAAUCCUUAAAUCUGCUUCAUAGAUACGUGACUCUCUGCGUAUGUCUUAUCGUGAGACGUGCUAUGAUUUUUCUCGUUGUUUUCUUUUCUUCGGAUGUUGUUUAUAUAUAUCGAUAACUAACGAAUCUGAUAAGAGAGCUUUUUUAAUUUUUAUAUUUAUGUAUGCAAAUGACGCGUACGAUAAAGACUGAAAUUCCAUGUGAAAAAAAAAAAAAACACAGAACCGUUUUCCAGCCCUCUUGUGACAUUUCAUUUCUUUCGCGAUAAAGUACUUUAAAAUCAUGAGACACCAUUCUACAUAUAAUGUUCAGUUCAUUUCAUACAUAUCUUAUGCGCGAAUGAUUAAUGAAUAUCAUUCAUUAAUAGAUAUUAAUUCAAAUAAUUAUCUGAAUAUUUACAUGAUAAAAACAUAAAAGAAAUUUCUAGAUUAUAGGUACUAAUUUUUCCAUAUAAAUUAAACACGUAACAAUUUGUGUUAAAAAAUUCGUAUUAAUUGCAAUCUGAUUUUCAUUACAACUUACAUAUCUAAAAAAUACAUGAUAAUAUAUGAUGGCAAAAAUUAUUGCCUUUGUUCAUAGAUUAUUAUCGUUCUCUGCUACACGUUCUUCUCUUUUUGCCUUAAUGAAAAAUAACGUGAAAUUGAUUUAAUCUCGAGAAAGCAAACAGAUUGUAAAAUUUUCGUAAUUUCUUGUGAAAUAUAUUAAAUUUUUUUUAGUCUUACGUACAACAUACAGGAACCGCAGCAAAAGACGAGAAACUAAUUCUUUUGCGGCUGAGCUGUUUAAUCUUAUCUCCGUGAUAGUUUUUUUUCUCGAUAAAAAGAAUAUAUGAGAUAUUUGCGAAAAUAUAAUUUUCACAAUAAGAAUCAGAUAGUCAACGUUCUUUAAAAUUUCAUAGAUCUAGAAAUUAAAGUAUCCUUACGAAGCGCGGAUUUUCCGAGACUUAAGUUGACAUGACACGUAAAUCUGUUAAUUCAAACAUUCAAGAGAUCUAUCGCUUAACGCUUCAAGAAAAUCUACUCGAAAAUCCAAUUCUGAUAAAUCCUGCUCAGUCGCAGAAGAGUUCAACUGUACAUAUCCAAUGCUUUCCACACCAAAAAGCGAGAAGAAAUCUUACUUUUUGUACGAUUUUACGGUAGCACGUUUUAAUCUAAGGUAAGUUAGCGACAGUAAUCGACAGUAAUGCGUUUUACAAAGGGAGCGUCGAUUUUUUAUUUUUUAAGAAACAUUGCACGUGUGUGCAGGAAUUAUCGCCAGUAUGCGCGCCGGUGUGUUAUCACAGUGAUAAGCAAGUGAGUUAAUCUAAGGUAUUUUUUUAAGCUCCCGCAUAUAUUCGCGCCGCGCGCUCAGAAUUAAAAGCGAAUCCCUCCCCAUUCCCCCGUCCGAAUCUUACCUUUAUAUUUAUAUACCGAGCACGUUCUUCACGUCACAUUGUAUUACAUUGAUCAUGGAUCAAAUGAUAAUGAGUAAUGAUUUAUGAUCAAUUUGAUCCACUCGUUAUCAGAGAAUAUUUACAUUCUGUCCUACGUGCGACAAAUAUUGGGGACGUAAAUACCUAAAACACAGGCCUUAUUAGUGCGUAAGAUAUUUUUUACAAAUAUUCUAUGUACAAUAGCGUUGAUAAGUAAUACUAAUAAUCCGUGCAAGUAGUUCUCGCGUUUGUUAAAUUAUGUCUUCGCGAUAGGAAUCUAUAUAUUAAUUAGAUGUAUAUUUCUAGAUAUUACUUUUUUAGAUAUUAGUUCCGUAAGCUUUCGCACGAUCUACGUCAGUACAAAAUUUUAGGGAAAUAUGAAAUUAAAUCAUGUUUUAUCAUUAAUCUGUUUAUUUAUAUCUGUAAAUAUUUUUUCAAUUAGGAAGCAUUUUUUCGGAAAGAAAAUAAUGUUUGCUAUUUGAGCAUUAAAUUUCAAUCCCUAAAAUUCUUCUGACCUCGAUACGCGGCAAAUUAUUAUUUUGCAGGCGAUCUUGCUUAACUCUAAAAGAUUUAAUGCGAGCUCGAAUUUUCAUGAUAUGAAGUGUAGGCACCCAAAACAGGAAUAUUAAAUAAAAGUAUUGUUUUCGUGUUAUUUAAAUUUCAAUUAUGCGAUAACAUCGAGCAGGGCGAGAACUACUAAAAUUCGUAAUGCAUAUUUAACGCUAAACUUGGUAAAAAUGCAUUUAAUUCUUCAUUUGUAUUGCAAUUUAAAUCGCGUAUAAUUAAGAAUGAGAACCAGAUAUCAUUAGCGUUAAAAUGUACACUGCGAAAACGGAUUUUUUGACUCAAGAGUCUGACGCAUUAUUGCGAUUGUAUGAUUCAUCAGAGUGUUCAGUAAAACAGAUACUUAACAAUAAUGCGAUUUUCUUUGCAUCGAUCAUCACUUCGUUGCAACGAUUGCGCGACGAUUAUUGUAUUAAAUAUUCCCAUUGCUAAUCGCGAAAAGCAUAUUUAUAGUAUUUGAAUGUUUGCGAAGAGCACUAUUCAUAAAGCGAAAGUUUUCUUCCGAACAUUGGAUUUCGAAGUUUUCUGAUUGAGAAUCUGAAAAGUUUGAAAUUCGCGGAUUUACAGAUCCACGUGUUGAAGGAUCUCAAAGAUUUCAAUCAAGGACUCGUCAAUUUUGUUAAGAGAAACUUCAAAUAGUGAAACUUCAAAUAAGAUCAAAAUUAUAGAACUUCUCACUUUCGAAAAUAUAAAAUUUCUUUUUUUUUUCUUUA